CCCACAGAGAACAAGGCCGCAGCACAAACGCACCCCUCACACAUCACAUCCUUCAGUCGCGCAUCUGAAGUGAAGAGGGCGUGCAUCACCUCACAUUCCAUUGGACUGCAAUUGGCCGCAUUCCAGCACCAUGGCGCUCAUCCAAACCAGCCUCAUCUGGGUCGCCUACGCCGUUGCGAUUGGCAUCCUACUAGCCAUAGCCUCCGUCUUCGUCUUCGUCUACCAGACGCCCCGUGACCGCGCCGUCUCGGUUACCAUCGUGUGCAUCUUCACCACUCUCGCACUGCUUGCCACUGUCCUCCUCAUUCCCGUCGAUGUCGCCCUCGUCUCGUCCACCAGUCGGUCCAGCUUAGGCCGCAAGAAGGAUUGGGCGACGCCCGAGAAGGUCCACGACAUUACCCACACCCUGCAGAUCGUCUACUACCUGCUCUACUCGCUCGACGCUGUCCUCUGCCUGCUUGUUGUUCCCUUCACCUACUUCUACAACGAGGAGUACGACGAGGAUGCUGCUGAGCACGGCGAGCAGACUGCGGGACAGAGGAUCCUGGGCGCGCUGAAGUACACAAUUGCGUUCUUGCUCUUCGUGGUCAUCAUCUUCCUCGUUGGCUUCUUCGUCCCCUUCGCGAAGCAGGCAAAGGGCGACAAGGGUCUGGACCUCGACUUCUUCAAGCACCUGUUGGCCGAGAACCAUGGCGAGCGUGCACUCUCAUUCGCUCUCGGACUCCUCAUGACCAUUGGAACCAUCCUGUUCGUUCUCUACACUGGUGCUGGCAUGGCACUUCUCCCUGUUGCUAUGAUCAAGUCUGCGCCGUCCAUCUCCGCACCGACUCUCGCUGCGAACACCGCGUCGCAGCUCGAGGUCAACCGUGAGCGCCAGAGGCAGCUCGAAGGCCGUGCUGAGGGUCGCCAGAAUGGUCUCGAUGCCAGGGACAGACGUGAACUGGAGGCUCUCAACCGCGAGGAGCGCACCCUCAUCCGCCGCGAGCGUCUUGCUGCUGAGUCCAGCGGCGAGGACAGACACUGGAUCGUCAAGACCUGGAUCAAGAUCGAGGCUAUCUUCCGUCCUCUCAAGCUGCUUGGCGGACUGAUCCUUAUGGUAUUCGCUCUUGUCAUCUUCGCCAGCAUGCUCAUCACCGGCAUCGACAAGGCCAAGAACUCCAUCUGCGGCGCCCACUGCGGCUACAUCCUGGCCCAGAUCAACAUCUUCCAGCCCCUGAACUGGAUUCUCGUCAAGUCCUCUAAGGUCUUUCCCAUCGACUACGUCCUGUUCCUGAUCCUCACCCUUUUCCUCUUCUCCGCCUCUGUCGUCGGUAUCGCUACAGCGGGUAUCCGCUUCCUCUGGCUCACCAUCUUCAAGAUCCGCAAGGGCCACACCUCCCCACAAGCUCUCCUCAUGGCCACCGUCCUGCUCACCCUCAUCGUGCUGGCCAUCAACUACUCCGUCGCAAUGGUCGUUGCACCCCAGUACGCCACCUUUGGCCCUCAGACCUACUGCGACCUGCCCGUGAACCACGUUGGCGACCAGCCCGACUGCUCCGAGCACAAAGAGGCUAUCAAGGCAUGCUCCGAGCUCGCAGAUAACCCCGUCGCUCACAGCGUCUGCACACCCUCCGUGCUCAGCACCUUCAUCAACCGCGUCACCAUCAACUUCCCCUUCUUUGGCGUCGUCUUGUUCUGGGCCCAGUUCGCCUUCUUGGGCGUCUACCUUGUUGUGUUCCUCACAACGCUUUUCAAGGUGCCGAAGCUGGAUCAGGAGCAGAUCGACCGCGACCUGGAAGAGGACGAAGAGGAGGGUCUGCUUGCCAGCACUGGACGUAGGUUUGGUGCUACAUGGCAGGACAUCACCGGCCGGUCAAAGAACAACAACUACGGCACCGCUGAGUCGAGGAACGGCGGGCGCAGUGCUGAGGGGGAAGGCCUGUUGUAAGCAAUUUUAUCUUGAUCCCAAAGAUUGGAUACAUUUCUUCAUGGAAGACAAACUGUUUUUUUUUGUUAUUAGUACAUCGGUGAUUUCCUCUGGGUUUUCGGGUUAGGAUGGAUACAUGUUCAUGAUACCUCAUGUUUUGGCGUUGCGGUUUUUCCAUCUUUAGCUUAGUCAAAUCGACGUGUACACUGCUCAUGGUGGGUUGGUUCCUCCUGGUUGCGACUUCCCAUGCUCCCGAGUGCCUAGUUCACGACUCUCUGAACUUCAGCAUCGUCUGUUCAUGCUCUUCCUCCUCACUCACAUCACGACAUUACCACCUUGUAUCAGACCGCUCUUCCGUUCUCAUGCGAUUUUCAGCGGGCAUCAGGUAGUGUUCAGAAAUGAUACAGAGUACAC